UUUUUUUUUUUUUUUUUUGGAGAGCUUAAAGAGAUACACUUUGUGUAGGUGGUAACUAGUAUAGAAUCCAAUCACCAUGGGUGAGCACAAUAGGAAUCCAUUUGCGAUUGCAAGUGCAAGUGGAAACGCAGGGGGAGGAAGUACAAGUGCGAGCUCAGACUCCAGUUUUAGUAGCAGUGUGGCGGAUACAGAUGAUGACCAAACCAUUGCACGUAUGUUAGCUGAAGAUGAGAGCUUAAGAAGAGAGCAGGGCAAGCUCGGGAGGAGGCUCUCUCAUUUGGGUUCUAUCCCUCACACUCCUCGGGUUAACAGGCAAAUACCCGACGUAAAUGAUGCAACGUUAGACCAUGAGCUGCUCUCUGGGAGGUUGGCCACAUAUGGGCUAGCUGAGUUACAAAUGGAGGGGGAUGGCAAUUGCCAGUUCCGAGCUCUAGCGGACCAGCUUUUUCGGAAUGCAGAUUACCAUAAACAUGUAAGGAAGCAUGUUGUAAAACAGUUGAAACGGCAACGCAAGUUAUACGAAGAAUAUGUGCCUAUGAAAUACAGACACUACAGAAGAAAGAUGAAAAAACCGGGUGAAUGGGGAGAUCACGUUACUCUUCAAGCUGCUGCAGAU